GCGUGAGGCAAGCGGAGCCUGAGACGAGACCAGAGGCCGAACUCGGGAUCUGACAAGAUGGCCGGGCUGCCCCGCAGGAUUAUCAAGGAAACCCAGCGUUUGCUGGCGGAACCAGUUCCUGGCAUUAAAGCAGAACCAGAUGAGAGCAACGCCCGUUAUUUUCAUGUGGUUAUUGCUGGCCCCCAAGAUUCCCCCUUUGAGGGAGGGACUUUUAAACUCGAACUAUUCCUUCCAGAAGAAUACCCAAUGGCAGCUCCUAAAGUACGUUUCAUGACCAAAAUUUAUCAUCCUAAUGUAGACAAGUUGGGAAGAAUAUGUUUAGAUAUUUUGAAAGAUAAAUGGUCCCCAGCACUGCAGAUCCGCACAGUUCUGCUAUCCAUCCAGGCUUUGUUAAGUGCUCCCAAUCCAGAUGAUCCAUUAGCGAAUGAUGUAGCGGAGCAGUGGAAGACCAACGAAGCCCAAGCCAUAGAAACAGCUAGAGCAUGGACUAGGCUAUAUGCCAUGAAUAAUAUUUAAAUCGAUCCGAUCAUCAAGUGUGCAUCACUUCUCCUGUUCUGCCAAGAUUCUUCCUUUUUUGUUUGCAUUUAAUGGACACAGUCUUAGAAACAUUACAGAAUAAAAGCCCAGACAUCUUCAGUCCUUUGGUGAUUAAAUGCACAUUAGCAAA